UUCUUUACUCUUUACUGGGGUUUAAUUUGCAAACUUCUCUAGCCUCUCUCUCUCUCUCUCUCUCAAGUUGACUGAGUUUAAUCUGUCACUUUCGUGAGAAAGUUGACUGUUUCUUUGGUGGACCCUUCUUGUAUCACUCUCCACCAUGGUGACUAUUUGUCAGAAGUGUGGUGACAGAGGCUUCUCUUUGGCUUUGAUCUACUGUGACAAAUGUUCGGUAUGACUUAUAGCAUUGCGUCUGUUAAAAUGCAUCAUUUCCAUUGUUUGUCUUUUGGCCGGGAGGGUUCCUGCAUACAAACAGUUGUACAGGGUGAGACAGUAUUGUUGAUUAUGUAUAUAAGGAAUGCUAGAUACAGUUUUAUAGUAUGUAAAUCUUGUGCAGCUCUUCUGAAAAGUUGGUUUUUUUCACGUGGGUCUCAAGUGUGACCCUCUUUCUUCAAAGAGAUUAAAUGGAACUAGCACACCACAAGACCAGUGCAGUAAUCGUUGGAACACAGAAGGAUAACUAACACGAAAAAAAUACUGAAGUUUGUAUUAUUUGUCGUCUUCCCAGGUUUAGUUAUUUGACUUUUUAAAAAUCCUAUGGCAGCAUAGAAAUUUAUUUGUAAGCUCUAUGUUCAUAAGAACAGAUUUCACGUUGAAAUUUUCCAAUGGAAAAGGACUGCUGUUAACUUUUGCUUUUUGGUUGUUUGUUUGUUUGUUUAUGCAGCUAUUGCUUGGAUGUAUGGCCCGUAACUGUUGAUGAGUACGUUACUUGGUUUUGUGACAAUUGUGAAUCAAAGAGUGCUUUAAAUGCAAUGGCUGUUAUUCGUGACCAUCAGAUCUCUGAAUUCCAUCACGAGUUUGACAAUGGCAGUUUUCGAUUACGUCUUGAUGAGGCUGAGGCCAGGGUAAGUGAUCCGGAGCGCCUUCUUGAUGUCCAUGAGAGGUCUUUGGUAGAGUCGAAGGGAGAGAUUUCAACUAAGAACGUGAGGAUAACAGGGCUGGAGCAUGAGGUUUCAGAUGUUCUGCAAGCUUCUAUAAAAUCUGAUCAGGAACUGAAUGCCAUUCGGUCUGAAGUGGCCUUUUUGAGAAAAGAUAAUGAAUCUAUUGUGAAAGAUAUAGAGACAGCCCGUGCUGAGACUGAGAAGCUUAAAAUUGAUUUAUUUGCUGCUGAGGAUAAAAUUAAGGAGACAAAAAGGUUGCAUCUGGCUGCCAUGGAUGAUAAACAGCGGCAAGCAUUGAACCGUAGGAGGAAAAUGAUUCAUUGUAAGUCUGCAUUAGAUAAUUUGUCUCGAAAAUUCAAAUCGCAGUUGAAAUAUAAGCUCCAAUCAAAAAACCAUUUGAGAAUUUCCUUUUCCCACCUCAAUACGCGGCGCUUAUAUCUUUUUCACCGACCGAAAAAAUGUAAGCGCCAAACAUUGAAAGUGAAAAAAAGGAAAUGCUUCGAGGAUAAAUUAAAUCAUAUGGUUUGAAUGAGGAAUUAAACUUUGUUCAUUAAACUUUGUUCAUUGGUUGUUGUUGGAGCAAGACUGGUGAUGUUCAUACCAAGUUGAUUAAACUCUUGAUGUAUGCAUUAAAGAUGAGUUCAUUGCAAUGUUAUUGUAUUCAA